GGCUUGCGGCCCAACUGCCCCCCCAUUGUUUGUGCUUCUAUAUCACUCCCUGCAGCCCGAAGUAAUAGUUGCCUUAAUGCGCGCUGUUUCACAUAGAAGCCAUGUGGGGCGGGUUACUAAUGAAAGGUAUAAUGUGGUAAAUGCCGUGCGGCCCUAUUAACCAGACUAUUGUAGCAGCCGUGUAACUGCGCGUAGACUUGUUUCGGGGCGUGCCAUUAUGGCAGCGGGGGGUGCAAAUACUUGGGACUCGUGUCUGUGGUAUUAGUGCGGAGGUUCCUGAGACGACAGUGGGCGCCAUGCGGUCAGUGCAAGGUCCGAAGGGAUUGUCAGGGCAGCUGGUAGAGCCGGUGUGGCAGCGCUGACGAGUAAGAGCAGGUGUUGAGUCAGCGCUUGGUGCUGCGGGUCAUUCUCAGACAUGCCCUGACUUGUCUGCUCCCUCUUAUUUAUAACUACUGCGAGCACUUUACGUGAGGAGAACUGCAUCUCCCCCUGCACUAGCACUUUACACUUCUGCGACAGGCAGCCGUGCAAUAUGAACCUCACUUCCACUACAAAUUGCUUAGAAAACAACCACAUCAGCACUUCAGAUCAAGAGAAACUGGUUCAACCCACACCACUGUUGUUAUCCUUGUUAAAAUCUGCAGGUGCCCAGAAGGAAACCUUUACAAUGAAAGAGGUUAUUUACCAUCUUGGUCAGUACAUAAUGGCCAAGCAGUUGUAUGACGAGAAGCAGCAACAUAUUGUCCACUGCUCCAAUGAUCCUCUUGGAGAACUAUUUGGUGUACAGGAAUUUUCUGUAAAAGAGCCAAGGAGACUGUAUGCAAUGAUUUCUAGGAAUUUGGUUUCAGCAAAUGUAAAAGAAUCAUCUGAAGACAUUUUUGGAAAUGUGUGCUGUUUUCCUGACAAACAGAGCAGUCAGAAGGAAAAACUUCAGGAGCUGCCUGAUAAACUAAUAGCUCCAGCUUCUGACUCAAAACCAUGCAACUUAUCCCAGAGGAAAAGUAGCAAUGAAACAGAAGAAAUAUCUUCAGUCGAUCAUCCUGCAGAGCAACAAAGAAAGCGACACAAGUCAGACAGUUUUUCUUUAACCUUUGAUGAAAGCCUUUCGUGGUGGGUAAUAAGUGGCUUACGGUGUGAUAGAAAUAGCAGCGAAUCGACAGACUCUUCCUCUAAUUCAGAUCCAGAGAGACACUCUACCAAUGACAACUCCGAACAUGAUUCUGAUCAGUUUAGUGUGGAAUUUGAAGUAGAAUCUGUGUGUUCAGAUGACUAUAGUCCUAGUGGAGAUGAACAUGGUGUUUCGGAGGAGGAGGAGAUCAAUGAUGAGGUAUAUCAGGUGACUAUAUAUGAGACUGAAGAGAGCGAGACCGAUUCUUUUGAUGUUGAUACUGAGAUUUCAGAAGCUGAUUAUUGGAAAUGCCCAGAGUGUGGAGAAGUAAAUCCCCCUCUUCCAAGUUAUUGCCCUAGAUGUUGGACUGUCCGCAAGGACUGGCUUCCUGAACAAAGGCGAAAAGAGCCUCCGCCCUCAAAGAGAAAAUUAAUGGAGAUCGAGGAAGAUGAAGGCUUUGAUGUCCCUGAUUGUAAGAAAAGUAAACUUACAAGCUCUCAGGAUACAAAUGUUGAUAAAAAAGAAGCCGAAAACAUACAAAAUUCUGAGUCUCAGGAAACUGAGGAUUGCUCUCAGCCUUCUACAUCUGGCAGUAUUGCUUCGUGCAGUCAAGAGGUGACCAAGGAAGAUUCAAGCGAGGAAAGUAUGGAGUCUAGUCUCCCGCUUACAAGCAUUGAUCCAUGUGUCAUAUGUCAGACUCGCCCCAAGAAUGGCUGUAUUGUUCAUGGCAGAACAGGUCAUCUGAUGGCAUGCUAUACCUGUGCAAAAAAGCUCAAGAAGAGGAACAAACCUUGCCCUGUGUGUAGAGAGCCAAUCCAGAUGAUUGUGCUAACUUACUUUAGCUAGAACAUUCUAACAGAACUUUAUAUGAAACUCCAAAAUCUUGUACACUCGUAGACUUAUUAAUAAUUUAAGAACAAUUACUACAUGCGUAUUUAUAUAUUUUUUCCCAUAUGGUACAAAAUAAAUAUCCAAAAUUGAAGGCAAAUCAGUUCAAAAACGACUCUUACCAGCAUAGCAACCACGGAUCUAAUAUAUUAAGAAUUGUGCACUGUUUUCCCAUAUGUAAAGACUACAGUUUCUAGCUAAAUAUGGAAUCUGAGUGUAUGAUAUGUUUAGUGCAAGUAGAUUCUAUUGACAGGUCUAAAUACAAUUUGUUUUAUUUA